UGCCUGCCUACCUAUUACAAAAUAUUUUCAAUUUUCCUUUAGAUAUUAUAUUAUAUACCUACUAGUUGCUAUCACUUAAUAGUAAACAUAGCUAUUCUAAUAAAUUCAUUAUAAUGGACAACCGUGUAUUAGGUGUUUUGAGUUCAUCAGCGAUAGGUACAAUGUCAAAAGUCAUUGAUCUGUACGAGUUUCUGCUGGAAGCAGAACUUCAUCAGUACUAUUCAGAACUCAAGAACGACUUGAAGGUGACGACUGUGCCUCAAGUAAAGUUUGUCACUGAGGAUGAUCUGUAUCAGAUAGGCAUGACAAAGCCAGAGAUCAGACGCUUAAAAAAAUAUUUCCAAAAGUAUUAUCCUCAAAAUUAUUUCUCAAAGUUUAAAAAAUUAAUUUCUUCUAAAGACAAUAAAGAGCAGUGGAGCGAAAGUUCUGGUUCACAAGAUACACUAAAGCCUAUUUAUGAAAAACGACCACCUGCUCGUGUUCCCAACAAACAUAUUAUUCCAGCCGAUUCCAUAACUAUUAACAAGGAGUUAGGUGCAGGCGAGUUUGGUGUAGUCCAGCAAGGCGUUUGGACCAACGAAGGAGACAGAAUUCAAGUUGCCAUAAAAUGUUUGAGCCGAGAACGUAUGCAAAAUAAUCCUAUAGAGUUUUUGAAGGAAGCGGCUAUUAUGCAUAGCAUUGACAAUGAACAUAUUGUACGAUUGUAUGGAGUAGUUUUGGAUACUGAUGCCCUAAUGCUAGUAACAGAGUUAGCACCUUUGAGAUCUCUUUUGGAAUGUUUAAAAGAACCAUCACUCCGCGCAAGUUUUCCAGUAAUGUCGUUAUGUGAUUUUGCUAUACAAAUAUGUAAUGGAAUGCAUUAUUUGGAAACCAAACGAUUUAUACACAGAGAUUUAGCUGCUAGAAACAUAUUAGUGUUUACAAAAAACAAGGUGAAAAUUUCAGAUUUUGGAUUAUCUCGAGCACUUGGUGUUGGUAAAGACUAUUAUCAAACUAACUUCAAUGUGAAUCUGAAAUUGCCAAUUGCCUGGUGUGCACCUGAGUGUAUAAGUUAUUUACGUUUUACUUCAUCUUCUGAUGUAUGGGCAUAUGGUGUCACUUUAUGGGAAAUGUUCAGUUAUGGUUUUCAGCCUUGGGCAGCUCUCACAGGUCAACAAAUACUUGAGGCUAUUGAUGAACCUAAGUUUCAGAGAUUAGAGCAGCCUGAUUGCUGCCCAAAAGAAUAUUUCAAUGUCAUGAGUAAAUGUUGGCAACAUGAACCUACUAAAAGACCUAAAUUUGCUGAUUUAGUAUCAAUUUUACUUGAUUGUAAACCAGAGCAAGUGCAAACUGUUGUUAACUUUGAAGACAAAAAAAGAGACAUGCUCCACUAUACUAUUGGGGAAGUUAUAACAGUACUCGAUAAAACACCUGGUGUUCCCACUUUAUGGAAAGGUGUACUGUGCAAUGGAAAAACUGGUUUUUUCAAUCCUUCCAAUACUGUGGCGUAUUUGGGUUUAAAUUUACCAUCCAACAGAAAUUCUGAAUUCACUAGAAAUGACUCAAAGUAUGCAUCUCGACGUAGUCGUUUAAGGAUCGAUAUGAUAUCUUGUCCUCAAGGCGACGUUAAACAUAUGGGACAUGUAGGUUUAGAUGGUGCAUAUUUUGGAGAUAUUGAAUUCAUGAGUACAAAUGCUCCAAAAUAUAAUCAUUUACCACAUCAAGUUGUAGCUCCAUAUAAACCACAAGAAGACUGUGCUAGUGUAAGUGAUUCUCCAACUUCAAUUAAGGCUUGUUCAGAUCGCGCUCCAUUGCUUAAUGGCGAUAAAUCAGAAAGCAAAAAGAAUGAUUUAACAACCUGGUUAGAUAAAAAUAAGUUGUCAAAAAUUUUGACUGACCAUGAGUACCAUGAAAUUAGUGAUGAAGAUACUAUUGCUGAAAGUCCUAGGUUUGAAAAAACUUUUGAUUUUGGACCAAGCCUUGUUGAAGAAAUGGAAACCAUGUUUAGAACUAUAAGUACUAAUGGAGUCAGUAACUAUGCUGUGUCUCCACCAAGGUCUCCGCUUGAUCCUUUGGAUACAAAUCACAGAAAUGAAUUACGAGAAAUUGCUGCUACUAUUGCUGCUGCCGUGAACUCAAAGACCAAAAAAAAACAAGCUACGGUUAAACCGAUAUCUGCUUCUGACGAAAAGAGUCUAGAUUCUGCUAUUGCAAUGGCCAAUGAAAUGGCUAGUCGUUCAAUGGGAUCUGAUAUAGAACAACCACAUCACCAGAUACCUGAAUCUCCGUCAUCUCCAAGCAAACGUAAGUUCACGUUCAAGUUUCCUCCUCCAAUUGGGUCCCUCACCAAAACCCCAAAACACGAAACCAAGACGUUCACUGACGAAGCUGCUUCCAUCCCAGACAUUCAGUCUUGCAGUAGUUUGCAUUCAUUUUCGUCAUUUAUCAGCGCCGAAUCUUUGUUGGACACUGCACCGUUUCGUCUGCCCCUGUGGGAUAAGGCUUCCACGGAAUUCUAUUUUGCUCGCUCUAGAGAGUUAUUGACCAAGGCCUCUCCCAGUAUAGGUUCACUUGACUACAUUUCUUGUAACUCAUUGAAGACUAUUGAACGGUCCUAUGUUGAUUCUACCGAAACGCUAGUUGGCGAACAGUAUUCGUGUCCCAGUUCACCUAAACUAAGGAAUAAAACAAAAAACGUCGAAGCUUUUCGUGCAAAUACUCUCCCCAAUAGCAAAAAAUGUGACAAACUGAGGCGGAGUUUGUCGGAUUCUGAGAGUAGCGUAUUGUACAAUUCCAACGAUGUUCUAAACAAAGUUCCUAUAAAUAUCUGUUUGAUCGAUGACGAAACUGCUGAACUCUAAGUAGUAGUAUUCGUAAUUGCUUAUAAUAUUUUGUAGCCGGUAGUAGUUGUUGUAUAUAUUAGCUGUACUUAUAUAGUUACUAUGCAGGAAGUUGAAUUUUAGUGAUGUUAUCUUGAGAUUAUUGUUUUAUACUUUUAUUCCAAUAAUUAAUGACGUAUGAUUUUCUAUUAAAUUUCCACUUAUUAUUUCAAUUUAAUUUUCUGUAAUCGAAUAAUAUUUUAUUUUUUAUAAAAAACAUACGAAAUACAUCAUACAAACAUACGUCAUACAAUUUUUUACAACUAAAACGUUUUUUUGCUUUUACCCAUGUACCUAUAUUUUUGAUUGGUACUAAAAAAAUAAUAGGUAGGUAUUCAUAUUUGUAUGUCUUAACUCAGUGUGUUCGCUGUAAUAUACGAUUUAUUAAUAUUCGGCCAGCUGUAAAUCAUAAUAUUAUGAUAUGCAUCGCCGGUUUUGUCGAUAAUGAUUAUAGUUAUUUCUCUGCCUUAGCAUUCGCCGCUGCGCCUUUUUCUGUGGAAUAACUCUGAAAUUGUUUAACUAAAUGCACAUGUGGGCUCGAAGCUCGAACACACACUUUGUUUAUAUAAUAAUUUCAAUUAAUAUGAUGCUUGUUGCACACUGUACCCAGAUGGUGCAGUAAUAAUGUUUUGUAUUUUACCAGAAAUGUACCUACUUGUAAAGUGAAACUUAUAACGCAUGCUAAAACACUAAAUUCGUGUUUUAAUAUACAUAAUGUAUAUUUAGGGUUUUAGGUAAACAAUUUCUAGCUGGUUAUUUUUGUUUACAGGUCAUGAUUCAUGAAUAAUAUUGUGUCUUAUUAAAAAUUAUGAUCGAAAUGAAUAAGUUUUUAGUUUAUAUCUUAUAGACAAAACUUUUUUUUACAUUAAGGUAAAAUUAAAGUAACUAGUAAGCCGGUAAUUGCUUGUAACCAACAUGAAAAUGCAAAACAAAUUCUCAGAAUUUAAUAGUUUCGCAUUAAUUAGGUUUGUUUCUGACGUAUUAAACGUACUUUAACACACAUAUGAACAUACUAAUAUGCCGUUAGUUGUAAUUUUUACUAAUUUGCAAUUUAUAAAAUGUAUCUAUUGGUUUGUCGAAGUAUACAAACUGAAAAAAUAAUACAUAUUUAAAUCAUUUUUUUACAAAAAUGUCUUGUUCCAAUAAUUUGUAAAAGCCACAAUAAUAUAUAUUGUUUUUGUUUCAAUGAUAAAUAACUGCCCAAAUUUGUACACACGCCACAAAUACAUUAUGCGUCAUGCACAUGCAUGUGUAAAAUAAAAUAUAGCACUAAAUAUGGUUAAAAUAAAAUAUAUUCUUAACAAUCGUAACUCUUGAGCUUAGCAGUACAAAUCCCAACCUAAUAUAUAAAGAUUGCAUGUGAGUAUGUGACUGUCAUUUUUACAAUGUAUAUAAAUAGGUAUAUAAUAUUAUAUAGUGCCUUUAUAUAACGAAACUUUUUA